CCAAACACCCCCGCAUCUGAAGCCGAGAUCAAUAGAGAGGAUGAUCUAGUUUUGCAAGCAAAAUGCUUCUAUUUCUCACGUUAUGUUGCAAUACAUACUAAUGCUCAUUGUGUUGUUCUCCUGUAGAAAACAGAAGCUCACGACGCCGCUUAAUUUCGCGGCAUAUAAGUCCUGGAGUGCAUCGAAUACGCAAGAAGAGCCACCAUACUUGAAAGAAAGCAGUGCAGAUGGGUUGCCUCAACGGGGUAUAUCUGCGCCGGCCACCGAGUCAUCUCUGUCUAGACCAAAUGCCCUUGAUAGCCAUGCUCCAUCAUACGUACCGGAACCUACUUAUCCAUCUUCUUUUGCGCAUAUUGUUGAACUCAUUACCACGGGGCAACCGAUACCUGGAAUUCAGCAAAUACCGAACACCGUACUAACAGGCCAUGACAUCUCAAGUGCAAAACCGAGGAGACUAAAGCCGUGGGAAAAGGAAUGUGACGAUGCAGACAGAUUGUUGGGGAAUGAUAUAUGAGGGAUGUGAAUUACCAUGAUUGUCAGUGGAGAUGGAGCUUUGAAUAGGUAAGGACUUGGAGAAAUUGUGCCUAUGGUAGAGCACCGACGAAAAUAGUUCCAAGAAAAAUACUAUGCGCCCUCUUGCCCAGAUCAUUCUGGAAGUUAUUUCAGACAAAAGCGUACUAUUAC